ACAAUUCACACACACUCCUAUAUGGAGCAGACAAACUAUAGUAUGGUGACAUAUUUUAUUAUUAAGGGAAUUUCAGAUGCCCCUGAACUUCAAACAUUAAUCUUCAUUACAGUUCUGCUCAUCUACCUUCUCACUGUAAGUGGAAACAUGAUCAUUCUUCUCCUGGUCUGCCUUAAUAGUCACCUGCACACUCCCAUGUAUUUCUUCCUUGCCAACUUGUCCAUCCUUGACAUGUCUUGUUCUACAGUCACCCUUCAUGUCAUCAUAACCAGCUUCAUAUCAAGAAACAAAACAGUUUCAUUUGCUAAUUGUCUGGCUCAAGUAUAUUUUUUUUCCUGCUUUACAUCUAAUGAAUUGUUAAUAUUAUCGGCUAUGAGUUACGACCGAUAUGCGGCUAUCUGUAAACCGUUGCAUUAUCACAUGGUCAUGAAUGGUAGAGUUUGUAAGAUGAUGGCUUUUGUCUGCUGGAUCUUAGGAUUAAUAGAAAUGAUACCAUAUCUUGUCUUGUUGUUACACAUUUCAUGUUAUAAAUCUAAUAUAAUCAAUCACUUUUUCUGUGAUAUUAUGCCAGUUAUGAAACUUUCCUGUAGUGACAACUCUGCAUUGGAAAUUCUAAUCUUCACCGAAGGACUGUUCCUCAUGAGUACAACUCCAUUUCUACUAACAUUUUGUUCUUAUGUGUUCAUCAUUAAUGCAACUUUAAGGAUCCAUUCCAACAUUGGGAGGCGUAAAGUUUUCUACACAUGCUCCUCCCACCUUACGGUUGUCGUUCUUCUCUAUACGACCCUCUUCUUCCAGUACCUGAGACCUAGGUCUGUAGACAUUUUAGAGUCUAAUAAACUCUUCUCACUAUUUAAUACAGCAGCCGUCCCUAUAUUAAAUCCUUUAAUCUACAGCUUAAAAAAUAAAGAUGUUAAGUCUGCAUUAAAAGAAAAUAUCAGUAAAAUUAAAUUAAAAGUUUAA